AUGUCCAGAUAUGUUCCUCUACAAGCUGGAGCAUCAACUAUUGUUAGACUGCCCAAAGAUAUCCAGAUUAAACGUGCAGUCUUAAACAUCGAGAACCACGACAAGUACUGCUUCCUCUGGUGUGUUGUGGCAGCAACACACGAAGCUCACACUGGACAUCCGGAGAGGACAACAUCGUACCCUCAUUACAGCAGCGUACUUCAGUAUAAAGAAACAUCUAUUAAUAACCACAAUGAUGACUGUUUUAAAUUAAAUAAAGUCUGUAUGAAAUUUCCCACUAAUGAAAACAAAAUAUUAAAAUUUAAAAACUAUCGUAAUGAAGACUCGGUACCGUUUGUUGUCUACGCAGACUUAGAGUGUACACUAGAGCCUCAGGGGGAUGAUGAUAUUCAAAGUCACGUUCCACACAGCAUUGCAUUUUAUCGUCACUGUAAUGAUGACAAUAAUUUGUUAAAAUUUGAAAUUAAUCGUUCAUCUGAUUGCGUAAAGUGGUUUGUCAAUAAACUUGAAAAUUUCGCAUUUGAAGUUGAGCAGUAUUUAAAAAAUCCUAUACCUAUGAAACCACUUGACAAACAGCAACAAAAGAGUCAUGAUCGGUCAACUGUUUGUUAUAUUUGUGAAAAAACAAUAGCCUCUGAUAAAGAGAAGUGCUAUGAUCAUUGCCAUUUUACAGCAACUGUUUUUGAAGGUAAAGUCACAUUAUUGCCAAUUAAUAAAGAGCGAUAUAUCUCAUUUACAAAAUCUAUUGACGAUAUAUCUGUGUCUUUACGUUUUAUAGAUUCAUUUAGAUUCAUGGCAUCAAGGUUAGAAAAAUUAGCAUCCUAUCUUGAUGAUGACAAUAAACAAAUCACAAAACUUCAUUACCCAGAUCCAGAAAAAUUCCAAUUAGUAACUCGCAAGGGUGUAUUCCCGUAUGAAUACAUUACAGACAUUGAUAAGCUUAAUAACAAACAAUUGCCCGAUCAAAACUCAUUUUUUUCAAAAUUAUCUAAUAAUGGUAUAACUGACGAUAAUUAUGCAUUUGCUCAACUUGUCUGGAAUAAAUUUAACAUCAGUACAUUAGGCGAGUACUCUGAUCUUUAUCUUAAGACUGAUGUACUACUCUUGGCCGAUGUAUUUGAAAAUUUCAGACAAAAUUGCUUAAAUAAUUAUAACUUAGACCCGCUGCACUAUUACACAGCGCCCGGAUUAGCUUUUGAUGCAAUGCUGAAGUACACUAAUGUGGAACUGGAACUGUUGAUUGACCCUGAACCGGUACUUUUCAUUGAGAAAGGUAUACGAGGUGGAGUGUCUCAGUGUACUAAUAGGUAUGCGAAGGCCAACAAUCGGUACAUGGGUAAUAAAUUUGAUGUUAACAAACCCGAGUCAUACUUGAUGUAUUUUGACGUCAAUAAUUUGUAUGGCGCGGCAAUGAGUAUGCCACUACCUAAAGGCUCAUUUGAGUGGGUAGAUGAACAUGAUUUAAAUAAUGUAAAUAACUUUGUAAAUGCCAAUGACAAUGUAGGAUAUAUUUUAGAAGUAGACUUGCACUAUCCUCAGGAGCUACAUGAGCUACACAAAGAUUUACCAUUGUGCCCUGAGCACUUUUUACCACCGGGUAGCAAGUCUACUAAAUUAUGUUUAGGAAUGCAAUUGAAAAAAAUUCAUCGCGUACUUAAAUUUGAACAAUCCCCAUUGCUAAAGACAUACAUCGACAAGAAUACAGACUGUAGGAAGGCUGCCCAAAAUGAGUUUAAGAAGAAUUUCUUCAAACUCAUGAAUAACGCAGUCUUCGGUAAGACUAUGGAAAAUGUUAGGAAACACAAAGAUGUUUAA